CCUCAUGCAGUUCCGUAAGAAGAGGCUUCGGUUCGGACGCAGCAGGAUCCACGAGUGGGGCCUGUUCGCCAUGGAGGCCAUCGCUGCUGAUGAGAUGGUCAUCGAGUACGUGGGUCAAAACAUCAGACAGAUGGUGGCCGACAAUCGGGAGAAGCGGUACGCUCAGCAGGGCAUCGGGAGCAGCUACUUGUUCAGAGUGGACCACGACACCAUUAUAGACGCCACCAAGUGUGGCAACCUGGCACGAUUCAUCAACCACUGCUGCACUCCAAACUGCUACGCGAAGGUCAUCACCAUAGAGUCGCAGAAAAAGAUCGUGAUCUACUCGAAGCAGGCCAUCGCCGUCAACGAGGAAAUCACCUACGACUACAAGUUCCCGCUGGAGGAGAACAAGAUCCCGUGCUUGUGUGGAACAGAGAACUGCCGCGGGACACUCAACUAGCGGACACAUCCUCUCUCUCUCUCUCUCUCUCUCUCUCCCCCUCACCUUCCACUCUCCUCAAAAAACAAAAGCCACCUUUCUCUUCCCCCCCCCCCCCCACCCCCGAACACCUGCCGCUCCUCCAGAUGGCCUCCCAGCCGUCCUCACAGAACCCAGGAAACAAGAGACGCACAUACUUGCACUUUUUCGCGCACACUUUUCAUUCACCUGGCAGUUUGACAGGCCAGUGCUUGAGGGGGUUUUUG